UCAGUUGUGCUCCUACCCUAAGGAUAUACAGCAGUGCCAGGAGCUAACUGGUGCUGAAGAGAUUGUUUUUACCCCCUUUGGAUGCUGAGUUUUCUUUGCAAGAUGGACCUACGAGUAGCUUGCAUCUUCGGCCUGAUGGUUGCCCUGGCAGCAGCCCAUGGGAAAGGCUAUGUGGUGAAGAAGGUGGUGAAGGCCGCCCCUCAGUAUCAGCCCUACUCUGUGAAGAGCCACGUGGUGUCAGUGGCAGGUGAGCCUGGUGCUCCAGGUGAGCCUGGCCCCGAGGGACCUGCUGGCCCUCCUGGCCCCCCAGGUGAGAGCGCUGAAGGCAUUGAAGGACCCCAAGGACCUCCUGGAGCUCCUGGAGCUCCUGGUCGCUCCAUUGCUGGCAAGCCUGGAUCCCCAGGUGGACCUGGUAAACCUGGCAGCAAUGGAGCACCUGGUGAGAAGGGAGACACCGGUGCCCCUGGCUCUCAGGGACCACGAGGCGCCCCUGGAUCCUCUGGAAGCCCCGGACCCGCUGGCCUCUCUGCAACUGGCAAGCCUGGACCUUCUGGUCUGCCUGGACCAAUGGGACCAAGAGGAGAAACCGGUCUGAAGGGACAUCCAGGUAUUCCUGGUCUGCCUGGUUCUAAGGGUGAUAGAGGUAUUGGAGUGCAAGGACCUCAGGGUGAGUCAGGACCUGAAGGACCCGCAGGUGCACCUGGAGCACCAGGUGAGGCUGGAGUUGGAAAGCCAGGAAAGACCGGUAUGCCCGGUGAGCCAGGAAAGUCAGGUAGCCCAGGUAGAGAUGGUGCAUCAGGUCCCAUGGGACCACAGGGACCCAAGGGACACACUGGUGCCCCAGGUGUAGGUAUGCCAGGUAAACCAGGUGAUAACGGUGCCCCCGGUAUGCCCGGCCCAUCUGGCCCUAAAGGCCACCAGGGACCCGCUGGAGCCACCGGCGCCCCCGGAGUCCCCGGAUACGGAAAGCCAGGUGCAAAUGGAGAGAAGGGAGAGAGAGGAGCUACAGGUGCCACCGGCGCAACAGGUGCAAAGGGUGAUCAGGGUCCAACAGGAUAUACUGGUGCUACUGGUGCUACUGGCCCAGGUGGUCCUUCUGGACCUCAGGGUGCCAGAGGUUUCCCAGGUGAGCCCGGUGCUGCUGGUGACAAAGGUGAUACCGGUCCAAGCGGACCUCAGGGAGCUAAGGGAAACAAGGGAGAUCAGGGAGCUCAGGGUUUCGCAGGCAAGCAGGGUUACCCCGGCGCAGCUGGUCCCCCCGGCCCCAGAGGAGCCACUGGCUCCACCGGUGACAAAGGCAAUGUAGGUGCCCCCGGUACCCCCGGUGCCCCCGGUAUCCCCGGCCCCGCUGGACCCAAAGGUCACCCCGGCCGUGCAGGUGAGACAGGCCCAUCUGGUUCUGAUGGUGCUCCCGGUGCCAGAGGACCCACUGGUCCUCAGGGCGCUGCAGGUACUCCUGGCGCUAAGGGACACCCCGGUCUGCCUGGUCCCUCUGGCCCCGCUGGUCUGGCUGCCAAGGGUGUCCCCGGCCCCCAGGGACCCCCUGGUCUGCCCGGUGACAACGGUGCUGAUGGAGAGCCCGGCCCCGCUGGCCCCGCUGGUCCCCCUGGACCUCCUGGCGAGGUUGUCUUUGAGAAGGGCAUGGGAAUGAGCGAGGUCAUGGUCAAGUCCCCCAUGUCUGCUUUCACUGCAUCUCUGGCCACCCCCUACCCCGCCGCCGGCACCCCCAUCAAGUUCGACCAGAUCGUGUACAACGCCGAGAGCCACUAUGACCCCGAGACCGGCAUCUUCACAUGCCAAGUUCCAGGAGUCUACUACUUCUCCUACAGCAUCCACGUUAAUGGAGCUCAUGCCCUGGUGGCUCUGUACAAGAACGGCCAGCCCGUUAUGUUCACUUACGAUGAGUACAACAAGGGCUUCCUGGACCAGAUGUCCGGUAGCGCCGUCCUCUUGCUCGACGAGCAGGACACCGUCUACGUCCAGAUCCCCGACGAGGACGCCAACGGUGUCUUCGCUGCCGAGAACGUCCACUGCUCCUUCUCCGGGUUCCUCAUUGCCUCAACGUGAUAGGUUGAUAGAGUAGUUCCCAAAAAGCCAACCAACUAAAUUUGCCAUC